GAGCGCAUGUUAGCGUUGGGCAUAAGUCAAAUUAGCCCUUCUCUCUCUCUCGGUUGUGUCAGCGAGGGAACCUCCUACUUGCUAGUGCAUAUUUGGAGGAUUAAAGCGCGCACACAAAAACACACACACCAAAUUGAGAGAGAGAGAGAGAGAGAGAGAAGGGGAGAGAGGCGGUUUCACAUUUUGUGUGCGGUGAGAAGCGUCUUCGUGAACUAGGGAAGUGAGAAGUUGCAUGGGAAGUUUUUAGUGUGUUCAUUAAUUGUUCUAGUUGUUUUCUGGUUUUCUUGUAGCUGCGGGUGAUGUCGGAAUAGCACUGCUUCAAAAGUAUUGUUUGCAUUGAGAUUUUUUGGCCACUCGUCAAGAUUGAUCUAAAAACUUAUUGUGAAGGAGAAUAGGCUCGAGAGUAAAGGGCCCAAAGUUUUGUAGCAACUUGCCGUGUAAGAAUUGAAAAAUUUUAGUUGUAGUAGGUAAUUAGUGCCCAUUAGGGGUUAAAAGUUACAAGUUGUAAUGGGGCUGAUAGAGAAUGGGGCAGCACAACCUGAGUCUAACAUGGUAGAACAGCCGAGAACUCCUAAAGAUCCAGCUCGAGAUAAAAAAUAUGAUCCACCAUAUGACUGUCGAAUGGAUCACAAAAGGUGUGUUGGUGAAACAAUGGAGCAAAAAGAGAUGAGUGAAGCUCAAUAUAUUGAAAGGACAUCAGUUUCAGCACAGGAAGAAUCACAUGAUAUUCGAGAAAUAGGACUGAAUACAAAUAAUAGAGAGACUCCCCAUAAUGAAGAUACAAACAAACAAGAACCCACAUUGGAAAAUGUGAGUAUUUUUUCAGAUUCUAAAUAUUUGGAGUUUGCAUCCCAGAAUGGGCUCGGGUGUCUUGAAGAUAUGGUUAUACCUCCUGGGACAACUUCUGUUAAUCCUGGCUGUGGAACACUAGUACCGCUGAACGUAGAAGCUACUAACGAUUCUGUUCUCCUGGAAAAUGGUGAUCGAGGGUCUUCCGGGGAAAGUCCUGGCUGUGGAAAGCUAAUACCACUGAAGGUGGAAGCUACUAAUGAUUCUGUUCUCCUGGAAAACGAUGGAAUUGGUUCUUCCAGACAGCGAGUAAGGAGAAAUGCUAAAUUAGAAGGUCCAUCAAGUAGUUCAUGGCUUUUGCGUUCAAGAUCGCAAGAAAAAACUAAGGCCCCUGAGCCUGUUGAGAAUGUCAACGAAGGCAGUGCUAUUGGAGAAAAGAAAAAGAGGGGAAGAAAACCAAAGAAUAUGCAGAAAACUACUGUCAGUGAGUUCUCUAGUAAAAAAACUCAUCUAAGAUAUUUGAUGCACAGGAUAAACUAUGAGCAAAACUUAAUUGAUGCUUAUUCUGCUGAAGGCUGGAGAGGGCAAAGCUUGGACAAAUUAAAGCCAGAGAAGGAGCUCGAGAAGGCUAAAUCCCGGAUUUUGCAUUACAAAUUGAAGAUAAGAGCAUUAUUUCAGAGCCUUGAUCAGUCACUCGCCAUGGGAAAGCUUCCGGAAUCUCUGUUUGACGCACAAGGAGAGAUUGACAGCGAAGAUAUUUUCUGUGCAAAAUGUGGGUCUAAGGAUCUGACUCUUGAUAAUGAUAUCAUUCUAUGUGAUGGUGCCUGCGAACGAGGAUUCCAUCAAUUCUGCUUGGAACCGCCUCUCUUAAAAACAGACAUUCCUCCGGGCGACGAAAGCUGGCUUUGCCCUGGAUGUGAUUGUAAAGCUGAUUGCAUUGACAUGCUUAAGGAUUUUCAAGAAACAAAAAUUUCUAUCGUUGAUAGUUGGGAGAAGAUCUUUCCUGAAGCUGCUGCUGCUGCAUCAGGAAAGAAAAUGGAUGACGGUUCUGGGUCAUCAUCAGAUGAUUCUGAGGAUGAGGAAUAUGAUCCUGAUAAGCCUGAUAGUUCGGAGAAGGUUGAAGGAAAUAAAUCGAGUUCAGAUGAAUCUAGCUACAUCUCUGCAUCUGAUGAUUUGGAUGCUUCUAAUAAUAAUGAAAAGUAUCUGGGGCUUCCUUCUGAUGAUUCAGAAGAUGAUGAUUUUAAUCCCUCUGCUACAAAUCGAGAUAAUCAGGUGAAGCAGGGUAGUUCAAGUUCUGAUUUUACCUCUGAUUCAGAGGACCUUAGAGCUCUGAUUGAAGAUGAAACUGCCACUAGUGAAGAUCCCUGGCAAACCUCAUCUUCAGCACAUCACAAACAAAAAUCCGAAGGCUUUGGUGAAGAAAUUUCCAAUUUAGGUAGGAAAAAGAGGCAAUCACUAAAAGAUGAGUUGUCGUACCUUAUGGAGGCUAGUGCAGAACCUCUAUCCAGAAAAAGACAUGUAGAACGGCUGGACUACAAAAAAUUGAAUGAUGAAACAUAUGGGAAUUCUUCUUCUGAUUCAAGUGAUGAGGAUUUUGAUGAUACCAUCACUCGGAAGAGAACAAAAAGUGAUCGGGAUGAGGUGAAGUUCUCAGAUGAAACUCUUGUUACACCGAGUAACACACACAAAGAGGAUGAAAACCAAAUAGAGAAGAAACAUUUUCCUAAACGAACCCGGAGAAAUCGUUCCGAUGGACACACAACUGAAUCAUCAGCCAAAGUUGGUUCUGCUAGUGCGAGUGCUAAAAAAUCAACUCAUAAACGGCUUGGAGAAGCUACAACACAGAGACUACUUGCAUACUUUAAUCUGGACCAGUACCCUGACAGAGUUGUCAAAGAAAAUCUGGCGAAAGAAUUAGGGCUCGCCGUCCGACAGGUUGGUAAAUGGUUUGAGAAUGCACGUUGGAGCUAUAAUCACAGACCUCGAGUGGAAUCAGACUCAUCCCAUCAGAACGCCGAGUCAAGUGCGAUCUCAGCACAGAACCAUAUUGCAAAAUUGAGAGGGGGAGAUUUGGUAACUGAUACCAGUGGAGAUUCUCCAGGAACACCGGCAACUAAAAAGAGGAAAGGUAAUUUAGAUCAGGCUCCAGGUGAAGAGGAAAGGUAAUUUACAUCAGGCUCCAGGUGACGAGCAGAAUGGGCUACGGAAUACCUUCAUAGCAGCAACGCUGUUUCUUGGUCGUGCAUUUGAUGUUCCGUGCAGUUGCAGAAUAUGUUCGACUUCCAUAGAACUCAUGACAUUUGCCUGUUGCUUUGUGUCCUAAAAAGUUACCUUGUGGCUCACAUUUGAAAUUCAAUGCUCAGAAAAUGCUCCUUGCCUCAAAAUCGAAUGCUCUUACGUCUCAGCAGCCAGGCUGCGAUGGUCCUCUGCUUCAUGGAUCUGAACCAGUUUGGGCUCCAGCCCCCUGAGAAUGGUGGAAUUUGUCUGUCGUAACUCGAUCUGGGAGUCGAAGCUUCGAUACCAAUGGUGAGAGUCUUUAGCGUGGCGAUGAAUCUCAAGUUCAAGCUCAACUUAUCUGUUUUAUUAUACCGCCUUUGUAAAAUGAUGUACGCUCUCAGUUUUUUGAGCAGUCAUUCGCUAAGUCUAAUUGGUGGGGCCCGUAAAACAUGGAUUCAUUUCGAGUUUAAUCGAGCAUAAUUUUUACGAGUAACUGCCCGAUUUAUUACUUGGGGGUGAAUAGUCUAAUACUAAUACCUGUCUAUUUGAUUACAGAUGAUCAUUAGACUAUUAAUGUCAAAUCUUUUAAUA